CAAAAUUGUGUUUGCCAUUGGCGAAUCUUUGAUUAUAGGUCUUUAAUAUGAAGAAUCUCUUUCUCUCUCUGACAUCAUCGUAGUAGGGAGAGCCUGACAGGGGAAAUGAUGGAUCGACGUGAGGAGAUGAGAAGUGCUCCCCACUCCUCCGGCAUUAAAAAGAGAAAGAGAUUCUUCAUAUAUCUUUUCUUUCUUUUCGUAUGCAUCAACGCUUAUACAGCAGAAUGCUCGGUCUAUACUUACUAUGUCUAUGGGAAAGAAGGUCUUCGCCAUAGAACUUAUACUAAUGGAAGGAGAAAAAAACCCGUACAAGUGUGUCCAAGAAGUGAGACAGAAAACUAGUUCUGUCUCAUACCUACAAAUACGGGCGCUCACGCGCAUUAUGAGGAAAAGUUAUGAAAUGAGACAGAAAACUAGUUCUGUCUCAUUUCAUGUCAAGUCAUGUUCUACCUAUCCUUGUCGCACAGAUGUUAGACACAGUUUCGGCAUACGGACGGUAUACACUAUUGCCCUUCCAGUCACAGACUUCUAUAAUAUACUAGACUGCUAGGCUCGUUAUAUAUUCUCCAUUUAGUGUGUACCCGAAAAGUAUGUACAAAUAGGAGCUCAUAGGCGGCAGACUGAAUUACCGAUUGGAAUGUGGCUAAUAUUUUAUAGUCCUACGACUAUGGAUUACUAGAGGAGUGAGUGAGAUGUAUGAUACAAUAUAUACAUAUAUUAUGUGAUUAUGAGAGCGUUCUCCUUGGACGCUUAUGCGUACUUAUGCGUUAAACGUAUCAUUCUUUUGCUCUUGUAAUAUAAAAGAAAAAGAUAAAAUGACAAUAACCAAGGUAUGUGAUAAAAGGCUGCCCAAAUAUACAUAUAUAAAAAAGCGGUAUACAUUUCUUUUCGUUUAAGUAUUAAAACUAAAGGACAAAUGAUAUAACCUCAUUUUAAGAGCAUUUUUGUAUAAAAUAACCUAAUAUUAAUGAUAUUUAUUAGUAUUAUUAAGUAUCAUUCUUUAAAUAUAUAUAUAUAUAUAUAAACAUUUUAAAAAUGUCCACAAAUUACUCGUAGCAACUAUAUGUGACAUUUAUUGGCAUAUAUAUAUGUACAUAUACAUUCCACUUGACGAACAAUGUACAUACAUAGUAGAUGACACAUUCCGAUCGGUUAUUCAGUCAUGUACAACAUGUACAUUAUAUACUGGUACGCCUAGGGAAUCAAGGUUAGCAGUCUAGUAUAUUAUAGAAGUCUGUGCUUCCAGUAGUAUAAGUUCUAUGGUCUUCGCAUGGGCGCCAUUUUGGAGUCACGAAAUAUGUGGUAUUGCAUUGAUGCUGUUGUGCGCCGUUUGCGGUACACUGGGAGGUCGACGUUACAUCGCUAUUCCUGUUGAUGGUAUUGAUGGUAUCGAUGUCAUUGAAGUAAAUCCGAUCGCACCCUCAUUAUCAAGAGUGGCUAGACAAACGGAAGCAUACGUACCGGUUGCUAUAUCCAGCGUGGACGACUUUGAGGUACAGCGUUCCGAACGAUCAGCCGCGCGUGUCCUGGACUACGUCGAUUUUGGUGGACAUACCGGCUCCAACGGAGCUUUUAGCUGGUAUGCCGACUAUCCGGCUCAUCGUUCAUAAUUUCCCGAAACGAUAGUUUAUCCAGACAAAUCGAAGAGUACAGAAUAUAUUAUGAAACACUGUUAAUAUAGUAUUUAAAAGUUAUGUAUUAUUGUAUGUAUAGUGACAAAGGUUACAGUAAUAUUUUUGAUUUUCCGAAAAAAUAAAAUCAAGGAAAAAUUUUUAGAUUUUUUCCCCCAAAAUUUGAAAAAUUGAUAAUAAAGGUAGAUUGCAGAUAUCAAGAAGAUAAGCUAUGAUAAUUAAACACAAAUGAUGUAUGUUUUUAAUUUUCUGAAAAAAUAAAUUCAAGAAAAUAUUUAAAAAAUACUACAAAAAAGAUACAGAGGAAACCUCAAAACUUUAAAACUUGAUGUAGAGAAUAAUAAAAGUGACAUUAUUUUAAAAGAAAAACAUCAAAAAUAGCAGGAAAUAAAUAAGAAAAAGUCUUUUCUAAAGUUUCUGAGAAUUAUUCCAGACUAAGAAUAAUAAACUGUAUGAACAAUUAACCUAAAAAAUUUCUGAGAUAAUAAAUACGAAAGUUUAGUAACACAAAUUGUUAGACUCUAAUCUAAAGAAAUUUGAAUUUUAAUACUGGAGAAUUCAAGGCUUUCGAGAAAGGUUUUUGACGAGGAAGAUGUAGCUUAUCUUGUGACCAAGUUUUCUUUAUUUUCUGAUAUUUGUUACGGUACAAUAAAUAGUGAUGGAGAUUGACAACAUCUCAUCUCGUUUUUUUGUUGUUAAUUUAAAUUAUCCACUUAAUACUGUAGCCACAGAUCUAAAAAUCCAGCAGUACAAUGCAAUGAUCUAUUUUCAUCGUUUUUCAAGUAAAUUGAAAAUGUUGGUAAGAUAAUAAAUACAGCCUCAAAGGAUAUGAUUAUAUCUGUAUUUAUACAGCCAAGUGUGGUGUCCACACUUUAUAUACGUGUCUUUUUAAAAUGUACAGAUAGAUAUACAUAUACAUAAAAUACAUACAUAUACAUACGUACACUAAAAACAUUUGCUCAUCAAAAGCUCAUAAGCAAUGCACGAAGAUAUCAGGUUGAUAACGAGUUUGAUACUGUUUAUGAUUAUCAUUACGGAUUAUUUUCAUGUUUCUAUUCUUUUUAAUUUCAAUUAAAAAUGUGCAUCAAAAACAAAUGUUAUAUUAUAAUCUUAUUUUAUAUGGAGUUGAUUGCACAUUUGUUCAUUUGAUGGAGAAACGGCGUCAUUAAUACUAAUAUUAUGCAUUAUAGUAAACGAUGUUAAGGGGUAAAGGUAUUUUCCAUCUUGAUAUAAAGAGAGAAAUUCAUAAAAAUAGACUGAGAGACGAAACUUUUCUCAUGUAUGUGUUAAUAAAAAUUAAUUGAUCAUAGUACCAAAAUAUAA